AUGUCGGACAUGAAAGAGAAGCCAGGAGUUGUCCAUGAUGACAACCCGGGACUUUUCCAGGUUGACACCAAUCGAAUGGAGAAACCAAUUCCAGUAGUUCAAAAGGUGGAUUACAGUGGUGCUCACGAGAAGACGGAUCCUCGAGAGAUCGCCUUGGUCAAGAAGCUUGACCGGUGGAUCAUGCCCAUGCUAUGGAGCAUGUACUGGCUAAACUACCUCGAUCGGAACGCGAUUGCGCUUGCUCGCAUCAAUGAUAUUGAAGAAGACUUGGGACUCAGCUCGGUACAAUAUUCGACCUGCGUCAGCAUCCUGUUCGUUGGUUAUCUCCUUGGAGGAGUACCUGCAAAUAUGAUUCUGACACGCACGAAGCCAUCCGCAUUCCUUUCUAUCGUUAUGAUGGCCUGGGCAGUUGUUAGUGCCGUAACAGCUCUCGCCCAGAACUUCACAGGGCUCCUUCUGACUAGAUUCUUCCUUGGUCUUACAGAAGCGCCUUACUAUCCUGGAGCAGUCUACAUUCUGAGCGUCUUUUACAACCGCAAAGAGCUGGCAACCCGAAUUGCCAUCUUGUACACCGGAAACAUUCUUGCUACCGCCUUCGCUGGUUUGAUCGCUGCGGGUAUCUUCCAUGGCCUCGAUGAUGUGGGAGGCAUCGCGGGCUGGCGCUGGCUUUUCAUCCUUCAAGGCGCAGUUACAUUUGUGAUUGCUGUCGUCGGUUACUUUGUGCUUCCUGACACGCCGUUGACUACAAAGUGGCUCACCCCGGACGAAAGACAACUAGCACACAACCGUAUUGAGAUGGACACUACCCAGAACCAGGGAGAUUCUGGAGUCUGGGCUGGUUUCAGACAGGCUGUCAGCGACCCGAUGGUGUGGAUCUUUGCUCUGAUGGCUCACUUACAUCUUGCUGCCAAUGGCUUCAAAAACUUCUUCCCUACUGUCGUGCAGACGCUUGGGUUCAACGAAACCGUCACGCUUGUUCUGACUUGCCCGCCAUACCUGAUCGCAGGUGCCGUCACGAUCGCGGUAUCCUGGAGCUCGGGUAAGUUCAAUGAGCGCACAUGGCAUAUUACCAUCUCCAAGAUUGUGGCGACCAUUGGCUUUGUGGCCGCAUGCGGCACCAUGAACCUUGCUGGUCGCUAUGUAGCCAUGGUCAUCUUCACCAUCGGCACCUACGGUGUCAACUCACUUAUCUUGGGUUGGUGUGGUAGUGUUUGCGCGCAGACCAAAGAGAAAAAGGCUGUGGCGAUCAGCAUCGUAACCAGCAUCAUGAACGUGUCUUUCGUAUGGACACCGUACUUGUGGCCUAAGGAAGACGGCCCCAGAUAUCUGAUUGCUUUAGGGUCAAGUGCUGGUUUCUCCAUGGGAACCGCAGCUGUGGCGUGGGUAGCCAGGAUCAUAGUGCAGAGACGGAACCGAAAGCUGAGGCAGGAAGAGAACGAAGAAGAGAACUUCUAUGUAUACUAA